GGCGCCGCUGCCGAGCGCACCAUGCGGGCUGUCAUCGCCUUGGCCGCGGCGCUGGGCAGUCUGCUGCUCGGCGGCUGCCUCCUGCGCUUGGGCGGCCAGCAGCCCCUCCGUGCCAGGGGCUGGGAGGAGGACGCAGGAGUAGCUGCUGUCACGCCGAAAGUGGUGCGAGCCCUGAGGUCCCCCCUAACAUCCCUUCCUCAGACAGAGAACAGAACAACUGUUAAUAAAAAUGGAAUUUACCAGUUUGAGCAGGCUUCAAAAUGUAAGGCAAUUCAGGACAACAUUUUGUCAUCAUCUAUCAAAAAGAAAAGAUAUUCAGAAGAUUAUUAUCUUCACAUAGUUACAAAACUGAAGAACUGCACCUGGAUAAGGAGACCAGAAGAAUCUACAAAAUUUAGGUCAGAAUUAGCUUCCUGCUGUGAUGCAGUUCACAAUUUUAUUGCUUCUCAAAACAACACCCCACUGGGAAGUAACAUGAGUUACGAAGUGGACAGUAAAAAGACCAUUCUCAUUACAGAGGACAUUUUUAAGAUGCUGCCUGUGUCCUCUCCUCUUUCAGUCUAUCCCUUCAAGACCUGUGCCGUGGUUGGAAAUGGAGGCAUUCUGAAAAAUUCCAGCUGUGGAGCUGAAAUCGAUCAUUCUGACUUUGUGUUUAGGUGUAACCUCCCUCCAACCACGGGAGGCAUUAGCAAAGAUGUUGGCAAUAAAACAAACCUUGUGACUGUUAAUCCAAGUAUCAUAGCUCAGAAAUACAACAAACUAAAUGAAAAGAAAACAGAAUUUCUGGAGAACAUUGCGGUCUAUGGAGAUGCUUUCCUUUUACUGCCAGCAUUUUCCUUCAGAAGCAACACAGCCACUUCUUUCAAAGUAUAUCACACUCUGCAAGAGUCCAAAGCAACCCAAAGGGCAAUAUUUUUUCACCCCACCUAUCUGAAAAGUCUUGCCCAGUUCUGGAGAACUAAGGGUGUGAAAGCCUACCGGCUGUCAUCUGGUUUUAUGAUCACUAGUGCUGCUCUUGAGCUCUGUGAGAAUGUGAAGCUCUAUGGCUUCUGGCCUUUCUCAAAAUCCACAGAGAAGAUGCCAAUCAGCCACCACUAUUAUGACAACCAGCUGCCUAAACCUGGUUUCCAUGCAAUGCCCAAAGAAUACAAUCAGAUCCUUCAACUUCAUGGCAAAGGCAUUUUGAAGUUGCAGUUUGGUAAAUGCCAAUCAGACUGAAAAGGGUGAUGAUCCUAAGGAGACAAUUUGUGUAUAUCUCAGCAGUUCGGUGUUGGAUUUGGUCUGAUGUGAUUUUGUGAGCAUUAAACUGCAUUAUUACAACAGAGAAAUAUUUUACACUUGGGGAGAAAAGGAAGUGAUUCUUCACACAGUGACUGCUACAUUUCUGAAUUUUGAGUAAGCAUUUUUUAAAAUACAAAAUAGCAUUUAUUUGGGAAAUUCUGAAACUCCUGACUAUUGGUUUAAUUGUAGCAAAGCACAAUCUCAGGAUGGUGGCAAUAUGUGACCUUCAUCGUGUUUUGUUUCUUAAAGUAUCAUUAAAACAUUUUGACAUAGAUCUCUGAUUUUGUUAAUAUCAUGUAAUAUAGGCAAUAGUCUCUGUAUGGUAGCUGCAUGAGUUGGCAGUGGACAUUUUCAAUUAAGAACUUGAUCCUGUAAACAUUAGCAUUUGUCUACAUGAGAAAGGUGAUGAGAAAAGCUACAGAGGAGUAAUUAAUUCAGAGCCAUGUCAUUCUUAGUUUGUCCCAGGGUGCCCAGAUUAAAAAAAAUCCCUCAGGUUAGAGAUAGUCAAGUAGUUUAUGGGCUUUCAUUUUGUGGGCAAUAGAUAAUGCUGUGGAUUUAAUAGGAUCACUCAUGUGAAUGAUGUUAAUUUUGUGAACAAGCGUUUGAAGGACCAGAGCUGUGUAAUUGUUUUUAAACCCUUCUUCUUGCUCGUGUUCCUGUCUGAGGUCCAGUUUGGCUCCAAAUGAGGACAAUAAACUAGGUUCCAUGCUGCAAUCCCCAGAGUCCUGGUAGGGCAUGACUUUGCACACAUUCCUGCAAUCCCAGAUCUGUAUCUGGGCUGACAUGCGAGAUGGACCAUCCAUUAGAACAAUGAUCUGUACCAAACUUAUCAUUUCUUCUAUUUCCUUUUCACCUGGCAUAGCUCCUAUCGAUAUGUGACUACAGAUAAGGCAACUGCACUAAGCGUUAUUAGAAUAUUCCUCUUACAAUCAACCCCAAGUUCUUCUCCUGUACCAGGACAUAUGAGAAAAGAACCUACAGUCACUUAAUUUAAAGCCUACACAGUUCUUGUGCUUCAUGUUUUCAUAUGGUCCAGGCAUACCUGUGGAGCAACAUCCUGUGACAAGAGAAAGUGGAGUAUCAGGCCGAUGGAAAGAAUGGCAUUAACAUUUACAGGAGCUACAACAAGCAGUUGUUCCCCUAGCUAUGACUGCUUGUAUGUUAUUGCUGAUAUGUUUUACUGCAGGAAAAGAAACCAAACAACAAACCAAACAAAAAAAACCCAAAACCAAAACAACAAAAAGUUUGUAAUAACCAGUUUCAGUUAAAAGAAGUUUCAGUGGCUUUUUUGAGAGUCUACUGAAUGAUCAGUUCAAAGAUAGCGUGUCCUUCUUCUUUUACAGUCAGAUACUCUCAGGUAUUUUGUUGACUAAAACUCCUUUUGCUGCUGUAGCAUUAAAUCCCCAAUCGACUGAUUUAAAGAGCAUUCAGUAUUCAUUGAGGAUUACAUCUGCAAAAAAAAUCCUACUUAAAUGAAUCUUAUAAAAUAAGGUUCAAAAAGACUUUUAAACUGAUACUUUAGAAGACCAUUUCUAUAUUGUUGUAAUACGUGAAAGCUUACCUGGCAGCAGUUUUAUAAUCACAUAAAUAAUCCUGAAAGUAUUAGAAUCAAUUGUUAUGGUUCCAGGUCUGUUAGUUGAGACACAUUCAGCACCUUGAUCCAUUUCCAAGAUAAUGAUAGCAGAAUCCAAUACUACUUCUACCCAAGCAGAAGUGUCCAUAAAUCCUGGCUGCAUGUAUCAGCAAUAAAGUAAUCUUUUUCAAAAUAAGGUUUUUUAAAAAUAAAUAGUGCUUUGAGGCAUUGAAUGACACCACUAAUACACGAGUGGACCUCUGCAUGUCAGUAGGGCUUUUAACAGAAACAAAGACAUCCGAAUUGAGUCGAUGGGUGCAUCUGCGUUCCCAGCUGGUGACUGAAAGAGGCAAGCACAAGGGUUUGAUUUACUGUGAUCUGUUGUGGUUCCAGCACCACACUUCCACAUUUUGUCUUCACCAGCAGUGAAACUUGUGCCAGUUUCUGGCCACAGGCAUCUGCUGUUCAUGUGCAGAGAGCUGGCUGCUGCAAGACCCAGCAUCCGUGUUAGGAGUGUUACGGAUGAUUGCCUACUGCAACACCCUAGUUAUAGAUCAGAGACAAAUUUGCUCCCAAAAGAGCUCCUCGUAUGCCAUAAGUCACUCACAUAAGACUGUCCCUGAGUGUUUGUAGCUGGAAGGUGUGCAAGGUGAUGUACUUGUCCUUUGGGUGAUGCAAACAGCCUAGGUUGAAGAGAACCAUGUCAUAUUUCAUCCAGGGAGACAGAGAUGCACCUGUGUUCAGGCAAGGACUGUAACUUAUUCCAGUCUAGUAUAGUGCGCUGAGAUGAUCUUGGCUGUGUAGCAGCUACGUGGUUUGACUUGGAAAAAUUCAUACAUCUUUUACAGAUGGAAAGGAUCUUGCAUUGUAUCUAGAACAAUUCCAAGUGUUUUGUGUGUACGUAGAGGUGAUGCAAAGGGUAUCAUUCAUUGCUCAGAUUAAAUUCAAUGAACUACUCACCAUAAAUAAAGUGGCAAAACCUAGUUGUGUGUAAAUAGAUGUGGAGAGGAGAAAAUGAAAAUUAUUUGCAGUGGAGAAGCAAGUUUUUUUCAAAAGUGUUUGUUAGUUAGCACCGUAUUGCGUUACCUGAGUGAAUAAAUGUAUGCAGUGUACCAUGAUACACCAUAAAGAGCUGUAGUUACAGUGUGUCUGGACUAUUUCUGUGCAGCUAUGUUAUUUAUAACACACAUGUAUUACUAACUGGAAAGGUUAUUGGAAUACAUUUUAAGAGAGGUUUAGUCAAAAAGAAGAAACUUAUUCUAGUUCCCUUGACAAAAAGAGGUCGCAACUGAAGGAGUGUGGUGUAGCAUGCACAAAUGAGUGCAGAUGGAAAGCUCUGUAAUAUGGCUAGGCACUUUGACUUUUUAGCACUGUUUCAGUGAAGUUUAAACUUGCUGCUGACCUGACGACCUGAUCCUCUACACUCUCAAAGCUCCCGGUGAUUUGUGUAGAGCACAGGACUGACAAGAAAUGCAUGGAGGAAUUGUUAACCUUUCCUACCCUUUUUCCUACAAAUAUUUUAAACUCCUCAUGGAAUAAAAAUAUGCACUAUUAGACUUUAGAUUAAGAACCUAUUUUUAAUGUAGCUUUCUCAGGCCUUGCUCCAGACAUGAAGUUAUUAUGAGAUGUUAGUUCCAUCCACUUCACUCCACGGGAGUGCAGACCUUGUACUCGGCUUUAUUAUAGCUGCUGCUGCUGUGUGCUUGGUGGCUAGGUCGUGUUAAUUUGUGCACAGGCUGGGCAAGUUAAUAGCAGCAUUUCUGUGUGACAGGGCACAGUUAGAUUGAUCAAGACUUGCUGAAGUACACUCAUUGUGGGAAAGCAUGUUUUCUCGGGUGGCCGAAUAAAUUAUUUCUCAUUUAUUUUACAUCUGUGCCAGGCUAAUGAUGAAUAAAUGGAUUUUGUACCUCUC